UGGCGGGGCGGCGGGGGUGGAGGCGCUGGCGGGGAGUAAAGGUUGGCUUCUCCGCGCACCGACCUCAGCCGGAGGGCCCGCGGCGUCAUGACGGUGGGAGCCAGGCUCCGAAGCCAGGCGGCGAGCAGCCUCCGGCGCUGCGGGCCCCUCGCCCGGGGGCGAGGGCGGACAGAGGGGGACGAGGAGGCGACCGCUAUCCUGGAACAUCUGGAGAGCGGGGCGGAGGCGGCGGAGACCGGGAAGCGGGCUCCGCGCCCGGGGGCCCGGGGCUCGCGGAGGGUGCACCUCGCCGUCCUGCCCGAGCGCUACGAGCCGUUGGAGGAGUCGGCGCCGGGCGAGAAGCCCAAGAAGAGGUACCGGCAGAAGCUGAAGAAGUACGGCAAGAAUGUUGGGAAGGUUCUCACCAAAGGAUGCCGCUACAUCGUCAUUGGCCUGCAGGGAUUCGCCGCCGCCUACUCCGCCCCUUUCGGAGUGGCCACCAGCGUGGUGUCCUUUGUCCGCUAGUGGGAGCUGCCUGGGCUCCCACAGGAAGGAAUGGACGCCUGUGUUCUGGGAACAGUAUGAAUCCAGGAACAUUUCAGACUUGAACCCACAAAAUACUCUGGAGGAAGAAAAACGUCUUGGUCGAAUUGGAUGAGUGUUAUGAAUGAGUCAUCCCUGCCCAUCUGCUGAGCACUUCAUGUCUCUUGGACACAGGUGGUCCUGAUGGACAAUCCCGCAGAGAAUUAGGCUGAGAUCAGGUUUGGGAUUAGAAUUAAUUUGCUAAAACCGGAGCUUCCCGUGAAGGUGACGGGGUGGGGGGGGGUGCGGAGGCAAACACUUGACAGAAGCCAGCAGUCUGGGUGGGCAGCAGAGUGGUGAUUAGGGAUGGGGCAGGGGGUGGGGGCUUUUGAUCUGGAGUGAGAUGAUUUGCUCUAUUCUGGAAAGCUCGCAGGCUGACAGGGCUCUCAGCCCCCGGCUGCCUCGAUUCUGAGGGCACCAAAGGAACUGCUUGUUUCUGAAGUCAUCUCCUUCCUGCACCCCUUUGCCACCCGGAGUUUAAUUACAGCCUUGAGAAGAAGGAAGGAAGAAAAAUCUCUUUGAAGGCUACGAUGCUUUGAAAACUGUUGAUGACAUGUCAUGACUGUCGAAACUAGAUGAAGGCUUGUCAUUUUCCUCACCCUUCUCUGACAUAAACAUAUAGGGGGCGACGAGAGAAGGAGGAAGAGCAAGGGCAGGUUGUUUGAGGGAGGGACCGCUCCUGAGGGCUGCUGUGACCAGUCCAGCCCAGUCCGGUCCAGCCAGACUCACCUGCAGGCAGCUGACUGGCUGAGGUCGGGUUGUGGGUCCCCAUGACUCAGCUUCCUGGUACCAUCAGCUCCCUCAUCCUCUACACCCAGCUGGACGAAGGGAGCCCUGGCUUGGGAGAGAGGGAGACACUACACCUGGAAAUGACAGUGCAUGAUUUAGAGAAGGAACUGGAAAGUAGGAGACAGGUACGAAGGAAGCAGAAGAAGGAUGUUGGAUGAGAGAAGGGGACGUACAGGAACCAGGCCUGGGUUAUCAAUGCUGGAAAACCUUAGGGUCUGGGUGGGGCCAGGGGAGGCCAGAGGCGCCAUGUCAAUGCUUCCAGACCCUCGGAGGCCUGUGAGCUCACACUGGCUGCCUUUAUAGCAGCCUGCCCCCUCUGUACGGCCAGCUUGACAUCAUCUCAGCUGGGUUCAGUUAGAGUGGGCCAGGAUCCUGUCCUAACACUCCUGGAGGGUGACCUGUGGACUGCCAUUGGACCAUUGGACAGGGAGGUGCCCGAGGCCAGCCCCCACGACAGGCCACUGUUCUGACCUGGUUUCCAGAAAUCCAAAAUAGUUAUUGCUGACCAGUCCACAGGGUCGGUGGCCAUGCCUCUUUGUUGCCCCAAGAAGUUGCCGGGUCCCAUCAAAGGAGGCUGCAGUGCUCAUGCUUGACCCAUCAAAUCCAACCAGAUGGUGCUGGGAAAUGGAGAAGGUGGGAAGACAGAUGGACAGACGGACAGAAAGAAUAAUGAGUGGAGGAGAGCGCUGUAACCGCGAAGCGAGAUGAGCUUCAAGUUCUGGAGGCUCGUGUGGAAGGUGAACUUGGACCCUGUUCCUGCAUCAUUCUUAUUCGUGAGGGAAAGAGGAAACAAAUGGCCUUGCUUUAGCUGAAAUGACGCAAGUCGAUAAUGGCACAUUUUCACACACGUGAGAUAAUUGUCACUUGCCUGGCUGCGUGGGGUGUCGGGGAAAAGAGGAGAAAAAGCAAAGUGUUUAGUGGGACAGAGUCAGGCCUGUGUGGCCUGCUGGUCCCGGGAAAGGCAGGCAGGAGGAAGGGGACCUGUGGUGGGUUGGGGGGCACCUCCCUGGUGGCCCAGUGCCACUGACCAGCCCCAGAGAGGCCCGUUGAGUCUCCUGGGGGACGUGGAAUAGUGACCUGGGAGGGACAAGAGUGGCUGAGGCCUGUCCAAGGAAGACCCCUCCCCGCCAAAUUAGAGACAUAACUGUAAGGCCAAGCAUAUGUGGCCCUAACAUUUUUGAAUUCUGGUUAAGAAUUAACCCAGAAAUUUCAAAAGUCAGAACCUGGGAGCCAGAUUCGUGUGCACAGAAAAUGCACUUCCCUUGAUUGUUGCUCAGCUGAAUAGUCAUUUCCCCCUGAGACAGGGCACCCAUGCUACAGGUUGAUUACCUUUUUGCCUUUUCUUUCUCUGCAAUUUUUAAAUAUAUAUAUAUAUAUAUAUAUCAGGGUCCACACCUUCCUAAAAACUGAGUUUUAGAACUUUCCUUUCAAUGCCCGACCAAGAGGCUUCUUUUAUAUCUUUUUCUUGCCCUAUUAUGUAAAUAAAAUCCCAAUUUGUCUAGUG